AUGGGGUCGGGGCGCGGGGGGCGGCUGAGCGCGGUGGCCCUGCUGUGCGCGGCGGCGGUGCUGUGUCAGUGGGGCAGCGGCAGCGUCCUCCGCCGCCGCCUCCCCGCGGGGUUCGGGCAGCGGCGGCUGAGCGGCGGGGAGCGGCGGGACGUGCAGCGCGAGAUCCUGGCCGUGCUGGGGCUGCCGGGGCGGCCCCGACCGCGCUCCCCCGCCGCCUCCCGCGCCCCCGCCGCCGCCGCUCCGCUCUUCAUGCUCGAUCUGUACCACGCCGUGGCCGGAGAAGAGGAGGAGGAGGAGGAGGCGGUGUCGCGUCCGGUGCUCACCGGGCUCAGCACCCAGAGCCCUCCGCCGGGCAGCGUGGUCAGCCACGCCGACACCGUGGUCAGCCUCGUGAACAUGGUGGAGCAGGACCGGGACACCUCCUCCCCAAAGCCCUACUGGAAGGAGUUCCGCUUCGACCUGGCUCAGGUGCCCGCAGGGGAGUCGGUGACGGCCGCCGAGUUCCGCAUCUACAAAGCGCGGGGCGUCAGCCGGCACAGCAACAGCACCCUGCAUGUCAGCAUCUACGAGAUCGCUGCCGAGCACGCCAACAGGGAGUCCAACCUGUUCCUGCUGGACGCCCAGCAGCUGCGUGCCGGCACCGAGGGCUGGCUGGUGUUCGACGUCACAGCCGCCAGCAGCCACUGGCUGGUGGAACGCAAGUACAACCUGGGCCUGCGGCUCUACGUGGAGACAGACAAUGGGCUCAGCGUGGAGCCGGGCUCGGUGGGGCUGUUGGGCCGCCGUGGGCCCCGCUCCAAGCAGCCCUUCAUGGUGACUUUCUUCCGGGCGAGCGCCAGCCCCGUGCGAGCCACGCGGGCGGCCAGAGCACCGCGCAGGAGGCAGCCCAAAAAGAGCAACGACCUCCCACACCCCAACAAGCUGCCGGGAAUCUUUGAUGAUGUCCACACUGCAGAUGGGCGGCAGGUCUGCCGGAGGCAUGAGCUCUAUGUCAGCUUCCAGGACCUUGGCUGGUUGGACUGGGUGAUCGCCCCCCAGGGGUACUCAGCCUACUACUGUGAGGGGGAGUGCGCCUUCCCGCUGGACUCCUGCAUGAACGCCACCAACCACGCCAUCCUGCAGUCCCUGGUCCACCUGAUGAAGCCCGAGGCGGUGCCCAAGGCGUGCUGUGCGCCCACCAAGCUCAGUGCCACCUCUGUCCUCUACUACGACAGCAACAACAACGUGAUCCUCAAGAAGCACCGCAACAUGGUGGUGAAGUCCUGCGGCUGCCACUGAGCACCUGGGGGGAGAUGGGGCACCGGGCAUCCUUGCUGUGUGUGGGGGGGUUUACUGCAGCAGCACCGGGGCUGCCCACCCAACACACCACCACCCUGUCUGCCCAACCCUUUCCCUUCCCAGAAGUGGAUGUAAAUAAUAUAAAACUUCCCUUCUCUCACCACACGUAAUGAGAAACAUCCAUACUAUACAUGCAUAGAUAUAAAUAUAUAGAGGAAGAGGAUUUGUGGUCGGUGACGUCGGGCCGUGGCGGAUGUGCGGUGCCCGGGGUGAGGCAGGGCGGCUCCGAGGACAGCUGGGCAGCCCGGCUCCAAGCAGGGCUUUCAGUUCCCUACACAAAAACACCCUCAGCCAAUUAAGUAGCCGGCUGACUAACAGGCUCCUGUUUACUUAGAGUUCACAAAACUCAGCCAAGGGGAAAAAAAAUAAUACAUAUUGAGCUACAACACUGUUAUAAAAUAAAU